GGGCGCGCCCUCUGAGGGAUCCGAGGCAGCGGCGUCGGCCGGGUUUCCAGACAGUGAAAGAAUCAGGGUGCCUAACCCAACGCUUUGGUAAAGUGGUGUUAAAGUGAAUGUGUUGCUGUUUGGUCCUAGAAAUCAAGAAGAACCUCUCCUUGAACCUCUCCAUGAAAUGCCACAGAGGAAAAGGAACCAAAUUAGUCCACUCAUUGCUCUGGCUUUGAAGGGAAACUGCUCUGCUGGGGGCAGAUGGGCUGCUGAUCAGUCUCUCAAGCAUUCUUGUCCUCAAGACCCCAAAUGGUAAAGAACAUUUGAGCCAUUCACUGCUGGAGCCAAAUGGGAAGAUUUUCCAGCAAGGUCUGGAAUUGGACCUCUUUUUUCUACACCCUUUAUCGUUCCUGAUUUUGCUCUCCUCCCUGACCUGUUUUUUAAUCUUUCUGGCAUCAUAGUCCAGUUCCUUUGUUGUGAAUAGUCGAGUUCAAUCUGUCCUUGCCUGAAUGGACAGGGAGACUUUUGCAUAUUCCACUAAGUUUUUCCGUGAUUAUAGUGGCCCGUCUCGGGGUGCCUCUUGCCAGCCCCACGACCAUGUGGACUACAUUGAAAAGCCUGAGACGUUCACUUACGCAGACUUUUUCAAGGAUUACUUGAUCCCCAACGACCCUUGCAUUUUCUCAGCAAAGUUCACGGAGGGCUGGGCCAGCAGGAGGAAGUGGGUAACACCAGACGGGAAACCCAACUUGGAAUAUCUCCUGCAAACUUUUGGAGAGGCUGUAGUACCUGUUGCCAACUGUGAUGUCAAGGAAUACAAUUCUAACCCAAAGGAACAUCUUAAACUCAAGGAGUACAUAAGCUAUUGGAAAGAACACAUUAAAAAAAGCUAUCGAUCCGCCCGGGGGUGCCUUUACCUCAAGGACUGGCAUUUGCAAAGGGCAUUUCCGGAGCAAGAGGUCUACACCACUCCCAUCUAUUUCUCCUCUGACUGGUUGAAUGAAUACUGGGAGGCCAUCGCUGUGGAUGACUAUCGAUUUGUCUACAUGGGACCCAAAGGCUCAUGGACUCCAUUCCACGCUGAUGUCUUCCACUCCUACAGCUGGUCAGCCAACAUUUGUGGGAAAAAGAAAUGGCUGGUUUUUCCCCCGGGCCAAGAAGAGUAUCUAAGGGAUCACCACGGUCACUUGCCAUUUGACAUCACUGCCCCUGACCUGAAGAAUUGCACCCUUUACCCCCGCUACGCUCAGAGCAGCCCACCAGUCGAAAUCAUCCAGGAAGCUGGGGAGAUAGUCUUCAUCCCGAGCGGUUGGCACCAUCAGGUUUACAAUCUGGAAGACACCAUCUCCAUCAACCAUAACUGGGUGAACGGGUGCAACGUAGCCAUCAUGUGGAGCUUUCUCCAGGACGAACUAGCCGCUGUCCAGCGAGAGAUCAGAGAAUGGAAGGAGAGCAUGGAAGACUGGCACCUGCAGUGCCAGGUGCUUAUGAAAUCAUACACAGGCAUCGACUACAAGGAGUUUUACAACUUUCUGAAGAUCAUUGCAGAAAAUCGGAUUUUUGUGCUGGAGCACCACCACACCGAAGAAGAUGCCUCCAAGCGUUCGUACAGGGCGGCUAUCUCCAGUUUGGGGAUGUUGCACGCGGUUUUUGACCUGAAAAGGACAGCAAAGGUCUUGGCCUCCUUGAACGCCAACGAGGAAUUCAGGAAACUCAACCCUGACACCCUUUCGCCACCUCCGCAGGCGCUCCUGCACCGUCUGAAAGCAGCAAUAGAUACAGCACUUCUCUAGCCUUCCCCCCUGCCCUCUUUUUGAUUUUAACCAGUUGCAAACAGCCUUCCAUUGCAAGCUGGGUGCAUGUGAAUGUUAUUUUUCAGUCACCCCUUUUAGAGGUUGCCAGCCCAGGGAAUUUUUCAGAGGGGAAUGGGCAAGGCAGUGGUGGACUUCCAGAGAAUGUAAGUCUGUAGGAAACUGGCAAUAGCUAAAAAGGGAAAGCAUUCCCAAAGUAAAAUUUGGGGGUGAUAAUCCAUUUGCUCACUGAAAACUAGCUUCAUGCAGCAUAGGACUACUCUUAGUCACUCCUAGGUAUUUCCUUUAGGGGUUAAUCCCAUGCACUCUUGCCUAAUUGAAUUCCAUAGAACUGAAUUCUGGAUAAAUAUAUAUAGGCUUAUACCCUCAGUGCCCCUGUUUUGUUUUGUUUCGUUUUAGUUUUGGCCCAUGAAAAAGAGUUUUCGGGUAGAGCAUGCAGAUGGCAAGAGAACAAAAGCACCGCGUCUUCCUUGCUUUAUGCCAUUUUCCUCAGUCUGUGCAGUGUGAACAUCAGGCGGCAGUCAGGAAUUUUAAGCUCAGGCUUAGCACCCAACUUUCAGGGACUGGGCAAAGGUGGCUCGGCGGGCUUAGGUGGCACAAGUGGCAGCUGAACAAGGGUGCCCUCUUCUCCCACAAGCCACGCUAGUUCUCGGCUCCGGGGGCUGCUCCCGCUCUGCCUUUCUGCUUUGAGUUCUUGCAAAAACAAGAUGCUUUCAAAAUCAGGGUUGGCGUUUUCCUUUUUUCGCCGAGGAUCACAGAGACGUUCUCAGUAGCUCCACCCACGCAGCCCAACCAUCCCUGGAACAUUCAAGGGACGAGGAGGAGGGGAAUCAAGGCCCGGCCACCUUCCUCCAACUCUCGUCAUGGACCAGAGCACCAGAUGGCUUUUCAGCAACGAUCGGGAUUGGUGUUUCCCCAGUUCCCUCUGACGUCCAAUGUUCUCCCUGCCUCCUGGAUCAGAUGCGGUGGGGGAACAUGGAGCCUGCUCAAGCUGUCAGUGGGGGAAAGGAAAGGGAACUUGCUUGGGGAUCGGAGGAGGUGGCCCUCAAAGCCGUGGACAAGGGGAAACAGACGAGUUCUCCAUGUGCUCCUCCCACAGUCCCGUUUGCUUGGAGGAAGGGGGGCCCUUCCUUUCAAAAAGCAAGACAACACAAAGUUUAGCAGGGGUAUAUUUUAGUAUGAACCCCCUUGGCGCUGGGAUGAGCACAUAGGAAGGAAGGAAGAGCGUUCUAGUCUCAAGGCCACCACUCCUCCCAGCGCAGUAGUUGUAGGAUACUAACACUGAUGCUAUGGCUAAGCAUAACUAGUCCGCGCUGUCCAUAAGGGCUCGAAACUUCUCACAGGGUGUCCUUGUGGGAGUGUCUGUAGGAGCACCCCAACUGUAGAGGCUUCCUUGUGAAUGCUUUUCUUCCUCUUGGCUAUAGCCCGCUGAACUUGGACCUUUCCUAGCAGGGCAUAUUUUAACCCUGAGCUGGUUUACUCAGUCCUUGAGUGUUUUGCCAGAGUGUCUGGAGAUCUUGAUAAAACUGCACAUUGAAAAAAAAAAGGAUAAUAAAUAAAUUAAGCAUC